GUAAACGGAGACAGUGGAGAAGGAGAGAGCGCACGGAGAGAGGAGCGGAGCUCAGUGGCGAGGCAGCAGUGGCGCUGACACGAGGGAAGGAAGGGACCCCGCGGUUAUUUCAACCACCUCAUCACAGCCUAACCUGCGCCUUUUCACACGGACUUAGACACCGGGACGAGAAGCUUUUACACGCAGCCUCCCCUCACAUUUGGGUUUUUUAUUUUUUGAGGGGGGGGACUCGGUUUGAUUCACCAGCUAGAUCCUUUUGGUGGUUGUGGAAGGCGGUAGGGUUCUCAUUUCACCCCCCCACCGUGGACGGAGGAGUUUCUGCGUGUUUACCUAUGUGCAUUACGCGCCGCCUGUAAUGGGUAAAAGUGGACAGAGAAGUGGAGUAGUAGCACUCGGGGGCUGCAGCUGGGUGAGAAUGUGCGCCACGCCGGGGAUCCUGCUUCUCCUGGUGCUGGUUCACCCAGGAGUCGGCCAAGUGAGAGAUGACGACGAUUUCCUCAGUCUCAGCGAGCUCCCAGAAACCUUCCCAUCUGACCCUCCAGAGCCCUUACCUCACUUCCUGUUCGAACCUGAGGAGGGCUACAUUGUCAAGAAUAAACCUGUCAAUCUCUACUGCAAAGCCACACCUGCCACACAGAUUUACUUUAAGUGCAACAGCGAGUGGGUCCAUCAGAAGGACCACACUGUGGAGGAGAGGGUCGACGAAAACUCGGGUCUCGUGGUAAGAGAAGCCAGCAUAGAAAUAACACGGCAGCAAGUCGAGGAGCUGUUCGGUCCUGAAGAUUAUUGGUGUCAGUGCGUGGCCUGGAGCUCCGCUGGAACCACCAAAAGCCGCAAGGCACAUGUCCGCAUUGCAUACCUGAAGAAGGCGUUUGAACAGGAACCCCUGGGAAAGGAAGUAUCCCUGGAGCAAGAAGUGCUGUUACAGUGUCGCCCUCCGGAGGGCAUACCGGCUGCUGAGGUGGAGUGGCUAAAGAAUGAGGAGAUAAUUGACCCAGCAGAGGAUAGAAACUUCUACAUCACCAUCGACCACAACCUGAUCAUCAAGCAGGCGCGUCUGUCUGACACAGCCAACUACACAUGCGUGGCUAAAAACAUUGUAGCCAAAAGACGAAGCACUACUGCGACAGUUAUUGUUUAUGUGAACGGUGGCUGGUCAACAUGGACGGAGUGGUCAGUGUGUAACAGCCGCUGUGGACGAGGCUUCCAGAAACGAACCAGGAGCUGCACUAACCCCGCCCCUCUUAACGGAGGACUCCCCUGUGAUGGUCAGGCCAUACAGAAGCUGCCCUGUACCACACUGUGCACUGUGGACGGUGUGUGGACAGAGUGGAGUAAGUGGUCGGCCUGUGGGACAGAGUGUACGCAGUGGAGGAGGAGGGACUGCAACAACCCGGCUCCUAAGAACGGCGGAAAGGACUGCGAGGGACUCGUGCUUCAGUCUCAAAACUGCACCGAUGGACUCUGUAUGCAAAGUUCAUUGUUGCAGAAGUCCACUGAGCCCAAAGAAAACAAUGAUUUGGGAGUUUCAUCUGCCCCAAGCACAGAUGACGUGGCUCUUUAUGUGGGCAUUGUCAUCGCAGUGAUUAUGUGCCUGUUCAUCUCCGUUAUCGUUGCGCUCUUCGUGUAUCGGAAGACACACCGCGACUUUGACUCGGACAUCAUUGACACCUCGGCGCUGAAUGGAGGUUUCCAGUCUGUCAAUAUAAAAACAGCCAGAUCAGCUGAUCUCCUGACGGCUCCCCCCGACUUGACAAAUGCAGCUGCCAUGUACCGCGGUCCAGUCUACGCCCUUCACGAUGUGUCAGAUAAAAUCCCAAUGACCAACUCCCCUCUCUUGGAUCCUCUUCCCAACUUGAAGAUCAAAGUCUACAACUCUUCUGGUCUGGUCACACCACAGGACGACCUCGGAGGAGACUUCACAUCCAAACUUUCUCCUAAGGUAACUCAGUCUCUGCUGGAUAACAGUGACACCAUGAACUUUCGCAACCAGAGCCUGGCCCGAACACGAGAUCCUUCCUGUACUGCUCAUGGAUCCUUCAACAGCCAGGGAGGACACCUCAUUGUACCCAACUCUGGUGUGAGUUUGUUGGUUCCAGCGGGUGCUGUUCCUCAGGGUAGGGUGUAUGAGAUGUAUGUGACUGUGCACAGGAAAGACAGCUUGAGACCCCCGGUAGAGGACAUCCAGACAGUGCUGAGCCCAGUAGUGAGUUGUGGACCUCCAGGUGCCCUGCUGACAAGACCAGUGAUCCUCACCAUCCACCACUGCGCUGACAAUGUCCAAGAGGACUGGCUUAUACAGCUAAAGAACCAACUUGCCAUGGGAGAAUGGGAGGAUGUGGUUGUAGUGGGAGAGGAGAACUUCACCACCCCCUGCUAUGUACAGAUGGACUUGGAGGCAUGUCACAUUCUGACAGAGACUCUGGGGACGUACUGCCUGGUGGGUCAGUCGAUCGGCAAAGCAGCCGCCAAGAGGCUUAAACUGGCUGUUUUUGGGCCUGUGUCUUGCACAACUUUGGACUAUCACAUCAGGGUCUAUUGUCUGGAUGACACUCAAGAUGCACUCAAGGAGGUUCUUCAGAUGGAGACACAGAUGGGAGGGAAGCUUCUGGAUGAGCCAAAGACUCUGAACUUUAAAGACAGCACACAUAAUCUGAGACUGUCAAUCCACGACGUGCCACACACACACUGGAAGAGCAAACUCAUCGCAAAGUAUCAGGAGAUCCCAUUCUACCAGGUGUGGAGUGGCAGUCAGAGAACUCUUCACUGUACCUUCACCCUGGAGAGACUGAGCUCGGCGAUCACGGAGAUCAGCUGCAAACUGUGUGUACGGCAGGUAGAAGGAGAAGGACAGAUCUUUCAGCUCAGCAACACAUUGGAGGAGGAGCUCCAGUGCAUAGACACAUCCCUAAUGGACCCUGCCAGCAAUAUCACAACCUUAGUUGGGCCCAAUGCCUUUCGCAUUCCUUUAUCCAUCAGACAGAAGUUGUGCGGCAGUCUGGAUGCACCGCAGACCAGAGGCAAUGACUGGAGGAUGCUGGCCCACAAACUCAACCUGGACAGAUAUCUGAACUACUUUGCCACCAAGUCCAGUCCGACAGGCGUGAUUCUCGAUCUCUGGGAGGCCCAACACUUCCCCGACGGAGACCUAAACGAACUGGCCGCCGUGCUGGAAGAAAUGGGUCGCCAUGACAGUAACCUCGCCUCCAUGACAACGGAACACUGACAAAGCAGUGCGGUUACCAUGACAAUGACAGAACUCUGAAGAUGAUUACACGUGAAUUCUCUACGGUUGAUACUGCAGCAAGGGCAAUGAACAAAUUAGAUGUGAGAGAAAGGAAAGUUGUCACCAUGGUGAUUGAGCAGCGGUUAAAGACCGUGGUAAUCAUGAUGACAUGGUAAUAGAUAGAAGGAGAGGGGCUUGAGCUGGUGUGAGAACUAUACAUGUAUCUUUUCGUGUGUGUAUUUACGAGAUGUUGCAGUGUCGUAUGUGACCGAAGGAGGAGAAAACCCUACCUAACUGUCAGGAACAAACAAAACAUACAUGCGCCUAAAAAAAAAACAAAGACCUUGUCUAUCGUAACACUAGGUGUUCUCUUGCUGUUACUUUAAUACUGAACAAAGACAAGCAGAAGAAAAGGAAAAAGAAGUAAGAGAGGUACUGACCUUGGAAACCUUCUAUAGAAAUGGAACAGAACCAUAAAGGAAGAGAAGGUAAACUGAUUACAGCAGAGUGGGAGAAGGUAAAUUGAGGAAAAAGAAAGAGUGAGUUAGAAACUGUAGAAAGAUGAGCGCAAACACAGAGAGAAGCUAAAGUGAUUACAAAAGAGAGGGAGGACAUAAACACAAAAUGAUGGAAGCCAUGGCAGGUGAUCAUCUGGAUGGAAAACAGAUAAUGAGAGUGGAGAUAAAUAAGUGGCUCUUCUCUUGUGAGCCUUGGCUGUACAUGUUUGCCAGUACAGUUUGUUGUCUUUAUAUCGUUUCUUAGGGAACGCUCUAUGUAUUCUGCUGUCCAUAUGUGUGGAUCAUUUCCUGCUAACAGAAUUUGCUACACAGUGACUGUCAAUCAAGGGUCCUGACCAGAAACAAGCCCGAGACAACAGGUUUACCCUUUUGGCUGGUAUCAAAUCAGUUAGUUGUAGAAUAAGGAUGGAGUUUGUGGCUUUCCUCCAAAAUGCAUGAAGAUAUUAAAUACUCCAGGUUACAGGAAACUGAACACAAAGGCAACUGACAGUUGCUGUCAGUGACAGUAAAAAAAAAAAGCCAAUCCAAAGAUGAUUACACUCCUGUUUAAUGCAGGGUAUGUUUUUUAUUUGCCACUUUUAGUAGUACAUGACAGACUUGUAAACUUUUUCGGUUUAAAGUGUAUGUAAGAUGGCACUUACGAUAUUCAGAUAAAAGAAGCAGACAUCCACACCAUUCAUUCUUAUGCUCAGUAUCCUGCAGCACAGUAUACUAAAAUAUUUGCUUUAUAGGAAUCAGCAUUUUCAUUUAUUUUUAUUCUCCAAAAAAGCAGGUUUCCCAUUACCAAACUGCUAAUAGUAAACACAUCUCUACCAAUACAUUUCAAACAAAAAUCACCAUGCUAUCUGUAGUAAAGCUGCUGCUUUAGUCCUUCACAAAGAAGAGCUGUUUGUGGAUGCAGGGUGAAGUACUCCAGUCUUGUCUAAGCAUUUGGUUAACCACAAUCUCAAAUUCAGGAGUCUUUCUGCUAGUGUUGGGGCUUGUUUCUGGGCAGGGUCUAACUCAGAGAAAAGAGAAACAAAGCAAAAAGGAAUGAACCGGAAGUGAAAACGCAAGCGUUUUUUAAUACAUUUACUAUACAAAGUACCAUUGUAUUAUGUGAUAGUGAAUUAAAUACAGCCGAUAUCAUUCAUUACCGCUAAAUAUACCCAAUAUACAGAUUUUAUCAAUCAUAUUUUAAUUUACUAAUAUAUAUAUAUAUAUAUAU